AUGGCUAGUGCAGGUACUGAUAUUGUAAACCCUGCAUCCGGCGAACAGGUAGUUCAAGUCGACGGCGUUGACAAAUUGGCACCCACUGCAGCGCUUUCUAGUGAUGCUGGUAAUGUAUCAGAGGAAAAACAGGUUGAUCCUGCGAAGACCUCUAGCGAGGUUAGACCAGUCAUAGAUGCUACGUACGUGGGUUGGAAGCAAAUGGGUGGUUGGGAAGAAUCGGAUACGUUGACUUUUGAAGAUGAGUUAUUGGGAGUCAAUGAAGAAACUUUCCUAGAUAAUGUCAUUCCUGAUAAGGCGUACGGGGAUUGGUAUCAUGCGGUAGGAAUCUUUUUUAUGGGCGGGUUCCUUUCCUUUCUGCUUGGAAAAUUUAAGUUCUCGUUAGGUCCUGUAUUCUUCAUUAUUCUUGCUACAGCUGUGUUCUAUAGGACCUCAGUUAAAAAAUAUAGAAUGUCAAUUAGAGAACUUGCUCAAAAAGAGUUUGUUGUCCAAAAGGUGGAAGAUGAUUAUGAGUCAAUGGAAUGGUUGAACAGUUUCUUGGACAAGUACUGGCCAAUAAUUGAACCGUCGGUGUCUCAAAUUGUUGUGGAACAGGUUAACGAACAAAUUGCUGUUAACGAAGCGAUCCCAGCCUUCGUAAAAGCACUGUGGAUAGAUCGUUUCACAUUGGGUAUAAAACCACCAAGAAUUGACUUGGUAAAGACUUUCCAAAACACUGAAUUGGAUGUUGUCGUCAUGGAUUUUGGGAUGUCGUUCACUCCACACGAUUUGUCUGAUUUGACUUCCAAACAAUUACGUAACUAUGUGAAUCAAACCGUUGUCCUUAAGGCGAAACUUUUCGGUUUAACUGUACCAGUGGUUGUAGCAGAUAUCGCUUUCAAAGCUCGUGUUAGGGUUCGUAUGAAGCUAAUGACACCUUUCCCUCAUAUCGAAACCGUCAACAUUCAGUUUUUGGACGUUCCUGAUAUCGAUUUUGUUUGCAAGCUAUUAGGUAAUACCGUUUUCAACUGGGAAAUUAUGAGUAUUCCAGGUCUUCUACCUUUAGCAAGAGAACUAGCCAGAAAGUAUCUAGGCCCAUUGUUUUUGCCACCUUUCUCGCUUCAAUUGAAUAUUCCACAAUUAGUGUCUGGUUCCGCAUUGUCAAUUGGUGUGUUGGAGCUAACCGUGAAGAAUGCAAAGGACUUAAAGCGUUCCAACCUAAUGAACAUCUCUGUUGAUCCAUAUCUUCAAUUCUCUAUUGGUGGCCGUGUACUUGGGAAAACAAGAACUGUCAAAGACACACUUAAUCCUGUCUGGAAUGAAUCGAUGUUUAUCUUACUUGCUUCUUUCACUGAUCCAUUAGAGAUUACUGUUUAUGAUAAGAGGGAACACUUAAAGGACAAGGUUUUGGGUAGAAUUUACUACAAUUUGAGUUCGCUCCAUGACACUCCCCUACAAAAAAAUGUUUCCUCUCAUUUCAUAAGAAACUCUAAGCCUGUGGGUGACCUCUUCUUUGACAUGAAGUUCCAUGCAACUCUUGAGUCUAAGAAAUUACCGGACGGUACAGUUGAGGAAGUUCCAGAUCUCAACACAGGUAUUACAAAGAUUACCAUCGAGGAAGCCAAGGAUUUGGAUGAGACUGGUAAGGCUGUUAACUCUUAUGUUGAACUAUUUGUGAACUCUAAAUUGGUAUUGACAACUUCUACCAUAAAAAAAUCCGAGAAACCUUCGUGGGCUGCUCCAUAUGAGGCAGUUGUUACGGACCGCAGAAAAACUAGAAUCAAGCUGGUUGUCAAAAACGACAAGGGCGACAUUAUUUCAAGUACCGUUCAAACAUUAAACGAUUUAAUCGACAGAACAUUAGUGGCGAAAGAAUGGAUUCCUCUGAAAAAUGGGAAGAGUUCUUUGAAGAUCUCUACUCAGUGGAAACCUGUCUCAUUGGAUAUUGGCUCAAAUGAUGUUGCUUAUACGCCUCCUGUCGGCGUACUCCGUAUUUUAUUGAAUAAAGCCACAGGGUUAAAGAAUCUCGAAAAGUUUGGUACCAUUGACCCAUAUGCCAGAGUUUUAGUCAAUAAUUUGCCUAAAGGUAGAACUAAUGUUGUGGAAUCCACAGUUAACCCUGUUUGGAAUGAAGCUAUAUAUGUUGCUGUGAGUUCAUCGAAUCAAAAGGUUUCUAUUGAGUGUCUUGAUGUGGAAUAUGCUGGAGAGGAUCGUUCAUUGGGUAAAGUUGAUAUUCCAAUUUCCGAUAUGUUCCAAAAAGGUUCUGACGAUAAAUACAUAGCACAUAUUGAUGAUGAACCUAAAACCGGUAAUCUCGUUAGUAAGAAGGGUGCCAAAGGUGUCAUUACCUAUUAUGCGUCAUUCUAUCCUGCCGUACCUGUCCUGUCUCUAGAAGAAAUUCAAGAAAUGGAUGAAAUCUCGAAGAAGAAGGCUAAUUGGGAGAAGUCUAAAGCAGAAUUUGAAAAGAUUGGUGACAAGAAGAACGUUGAGUUGAAAGCUAAGUUGGAUGAGGAGGAAGAAGAAUUGAAAGAACUCGAAGAUAUGUACAGUUCAAAGAUGAAGCUUGAUCUCGAUGAGCUUUUACAAUACAACAGUGGUGUUCUAUCUGUGUACAUUCUCAGCGGCGAAUUGCCUCAACAAGGAUGUUAUUUGCAGGCCUUUUUUGAUGCAAAUGGGUAUGCUCGUUUUGUCUCACAAAAGAGCCCUACGAGAUCUUUCAGAAGUGGAAUGGUGGGUGAUGUUAUAAUUAAAGAAUUAGAAUGGUCCACCACCACUUUUAGAGUUUCAAAAGAUAAAAAUCUGAACAAAGCAGAAGAUUGUUUGUGUGAAGUCACCAUCCCAACAAUUGAGUUAUUGAAGAAUUGUUAUUACAAACCAUCUAUCUUAUCAUUAACUGGACCUAGUAGCGCCAAAAUAAUGGUCCAAGUUUCAUGGUUCCCCAUCUCUGUAACAAAGUUGCCACAAUCCGAUUUGAUUACAAACUGCGGUGACUUGAAGAUUAAUAUUAAGAGUGCCAAUGAUUUAAUUUCUUCAGACCGUAAUGGGAAAUCUGAUCCAUUCGUCAAGCUUUAUCUCAACGAUAAUGGUUCUCCAUUCUAUAAAACAAAGACAAUUAAAAAGACUUUGGAUCCUACUUGGAACGAAUCAUGCACAGUUCAAGUCGCAAAUCGUGUCAACAACUAUCUAAAAAUCAAAAUUAUGGAUUGGGAUGCUGGUAAUAAAGACGACAACAUUGGCGAAGCCAUACUACCCCUAUCUAAGAUUGACCCCGAAAAUCCAACUGAAUUGGAUAUUCCGCUAGUAUUGCCAAGCGAAAAGAAAGAAGAUGCGGGUGUCGUUCACUUAUCAUUUGAGUUCCAACCAAGAUACGUUUUAGCUGUCACUAGAAAAGAGACAAAAAUCGGUGAUCUUGCCGGUAAAGGUUUCUCUGCCGGACUACAAGCAGGUACGACAGUCAUUGGUGGUGGUCUUGGAGCUGUCGGAAAAAUCAAGAAAGGCAUAUUCGGUGGUAAGAAAAAAGAUGAUGAAACAGAAAAGGACUAA